AAUCGGAAGCACCCUUAAUUUUACCACAUAUGGACCAGAAUAUCUGCGUCCUCCCCUCUUUUUCCCUCUCUCUCUCUCUGUCUCUCCAUCUCUCAAAAAUGUUCUUAUCAUCUUUCACAGUAAAGGCCAAGCAACACUUUCUUUCCUAUCCCAUGAUGAUUCCAUUCCCACAUAAACAACACAACAUGAAAAGGGAAGAAUCAAUCUCCCUCUCAACCACAUGAAAUUAACAAAACAUGCAUCAAUUUGACAAAAAGAGAAUAAUAUAGUACAGCUAUCACCAUCUUCUUCUUCUUCUCCUCAUUCCUUCCGAAACUGUUACUUCUACAAAGAAAGGCAUCAUAGUUUUUCAAAAUGACCCAGUGUGUUCCUAGCUGGGAUCUUGAGGACAAUCCCUCUCCUGCUGCCAAGCACUCUUUUCGCUCCAACUCCAAUUCCAGUGCGCCUGAUGUACCCAUGUUAGACUACGAAGUAGCAGAGCUGACAUGGGAGAACGGGCAGUUAAGCAUGCACGGUCUAGGUCCACCGCGCUUGCCAGUGAAAACCAUCCCUUCCUCUUCUCCAUCAAAGUACACGUGGGAAAAGCCACGCGCUGGUGGUACCCUUGAAUCCAUUGUAAAUCAGGCCACGCGUUUACCCCAACAACGUAAGACAGACAAUAUUACUGGCUAUGGAUCAAACGAGGUUGUUCCGUGGUUGGGACACCACCACCACCACCACCGUGCAGCUACCAGCUCACCUACCAUGACUAUGGAUGCUUUGGUUCCUUGCACAAAGCAGUCUGAUGACCACCGAAGUGCACACGUGAUAGACUCCGUGCCUGCAGGAAUAGGCGGCAACUGCGUGGUUGGAAGUUCUACUCGCGUUGGGUCCUGUAGCGCGCCAACAACUGCCACGCAGGAUGAAGAGGCUCUCCUCGCUGCUAAACGCGCUAGGGUGGCGCGUGUUCCCGUUGCACCUGAGUGGAGCAGUAGAGACCAAAGCGUUAGUGGUAGCGCAACUUUUGGAAGAGAUAGUCACCACGUAACGUUAGACACAUGCGAGAUGGAUCUCGGUGUCGGUUUUACUUCUACUUCUUUUGGGUCUCAGGAAAACACCAAGACGGCCACCGCCGUUGACGAGAAUGACUCAGUUUGCCACAGUAGACACCAGAGAGAAGCAGGUGACGAUGAUGACAAGCAGAAAGCGAACGGCAAAUCAUCUGUUUCAACUAAAAGGAGUAGGGCUGCUGCUAUUCAUAACCAAUCCGAACGUAAAAGAAGAGAUAAGAUAAACCAAAGGAUGAAGACACUGCAGAAGCUGGUCCCAAAUUCCAGUAAGACGGACAAAGCUUCUAUGCUGGAUGAAGUGAUCGAAUAUCUUAAACAAUUGCAAGCUCAAGUGCAAAUGAUGAGCAGAAUGAACAUACAACCGGUGAUGUUGCCAAUGACUAUGCAACAACAACUUCAAAUGUCAAUGCUGGCUCCAAUGAACAUGGGAAUGGGUCUAGCAGGAAUCGGAAUGAAUGUCAUGGACAUGAACACAAUUAGCCGUCCUAAUAUUGCCGGAAUCUCUCCAGUGCUUCAUCCUACUGCUUUCAUGCCUAUGACUUCCUGGGAUGGCUCCAGUGGUGGCGAUCGAUUACAAACCGCUUCACCUACAGUUAUGCACGAUCCAUUAGCUGCAUUCCUUGCAUGCCAAACACAGCCUAUGACCAUGGAUGCUUACAGCAGGAUGGCAGCCAUAUAUCAGCAAUUACAACAGCAACCUCCUGCGUCUAGCUCCAAGAGCUAGCACUAUAUACUGCGUGCUUUCUUUCUGAAACAAAGCUAGCUGCAGAUCAGCUAUAGUAAAAGAAAACAAAGACAAAAAAACAAAAAAGAAAAAGGAAAAGAAAGAAAGGGAUGAACUGGGAAGCGAUAAGUUGUGAUUGCGGAUAUGAUUAUAUGUUUGGUUGAUAAGUUGCAAGCCUAAGCCUCCUGUUUGUUGGCACAUAGAUGUCUGGUAGCCUUAAAGAUCAGGCAGGAGUCAGGAGUGAACCUCAUUUGAUGCUCUCUUUUCCGGUAAACAAUUGGUACGACUUGUGUAUCGAUCGUGCUUCAAAUCUUCUUUUGCUAAGCUUUCAUUUAUUGAUUUGCUAGCUAGUGGGUUUGUAUUUUCUCCUCUCUUCUUUUUUGAUCAUGACAGUGUAUCUUGGUCACUUGUUCAUAAUAUUUUUAUCGGUUAAAUUUUCUUUAUUA